AUGGAGGAUGAAAUGAUGCAGCCCCCUCUCAGCAAUAGCCACGUGUGCUCACAUGAAAAUGCUAAAAAUCAUGACUAGGGCCUGACCAGAGCCCUGAGAUUUCCUGCUCAGGUCAGGUGGAAAGGAAAAACAAUCAAUAAAUAUUUAUUUCCCAGUAAUGCUUUUGUAAUGUCUAUCAGUAUCAGAACUUCAUCUAUUCACAACAACAUGGAGCACCAGGACAUUCUAUUUCUGCAGUGACAUCAUCAUUAUUUUCUUGCAGGUCAGAGCACUGCUUUGCCCCCUGUCUUCAUCCCAGUUGCCCUCCAGCGUGAGGGCGUGUCUACUGCAUCACCAGCCCUCCCAAUGGUCAAUGAAGAUCGGGAUCCGGGGCCAGUGCCAGGUCCUGCCAAUCAGACCUCACCAGACCAAGGGGAUGGAGCCCCAACCAAACCAGCUGUUACCAAUGGCGACAAGCUGCGCCAAUCAGAUUCUGUUACAGACGCUGGUGACAGGGAUGACAUGGCUGUGACCAAUCAGAUGACCAUGUCUCCACCUGCACACACAGUCAACACUGUUACCACCACCCAAGCAAAUGCCACUCUCGCAGGUACAGUAACCCAAAGGAUAUUUAACUUCUAUCAGCGUCAUUAAGCCUGCCUAUAUUCCCCAUGGUUACCCUGAGGUAGUCUGUAUGUAUGUCUGUAUGUAAUACUGUUGUCAUUCUAUUAUUCUGUGACUUUCUCUCAGCCGCUCCACUCACCUCGUAGCUCUGUUUAGAUAGUGUACAGUCUGAAAAUAGACAGCUGCAUUCUGCAAAAGCUGCUUAUUUGCAAACACAGAAGCUUGCCUCAGGCUCCACCCACCAUCAGGCAGCAUACCAGGGGAAUAGAAAGUCUCCAUCUUUCCCUUCUAUCAUGGUAUGCCCUGGGCCUGGCUCCCUGUGUGCCUUGGCAACAGGGAGUAGAGGGGUGUUGAGUAGUGUAGAGGGGGAUUUGGCAACCUGAUGUAGGAGGUGUCGUUUUAACAAAUAUAACUCUCUCUGUCGAUGCUGAGCGAGUCUCUCUCUCUCUCUCAUUCCUCUCCUUUUGCUUUCAAAUAAUAAUGAGUAGAACCUCAUUUAGGAGAAGCAGUAAUACUGUUGUAAUUCUAUUUCUUUAUGACUUUCACUCAGACGUUCCAGACAGCUCCUCCUCCUCAUCCCCUGUGAAGAGCACCUCCCCUGCAGGACUGCCCUCCACCAUAGGGGACACUACUAGCCACCCCUCCAACCUAGGGGACACUACUAGCCACCCCUCAACCCUAGGGGGCACUACCCACCCUGGCUCCGCUGGAGGACACCUCACCACCUCUACUCCUCCCGCCUUAGAUACCACCCCACUUCCAUCCCAUGUUUUAAUACCGAUCCAGUCCUCUGUCCAACCCAGCACCCCCACCCUGAUCCCUUCCCCAACCCAACCCCUCACCAUGGAGCGCCCCCAGACCUCUGCCCCAGUCCACGUCCCUGUCAGCCCGCCUCAACAGGAGGUUCCAUCGGAGCUCAACGUUGGAGAUGAGGGUAAGGUGAUAAUUUACCAAUUAACCAAUCAAAUAAUUCACUCAUUAUCCAGUUAACAAAUUACACAACAAAUUAGCCAAUCAAUCAAUCAAUCAAUCAGUUAACGUGUUGUUCCAGACAAAGGUCCACACCUCCACUCUCCUCUGGACCCUCUGCUGGCUGGCCUGGUCUCUGUCUUCAUCGUCACCACAGCCGUAGUCUCUGUCGUCCUCUUCCUCAAGUUCCGCCAACGGACCGACCACCCGGACUUCCACCGGCUGCAGGAUCUACCCAUGGUGAGCAUACAACACUGGACAUGUUGUAUUCAGGUCUUCUAUGGCAUAACAUUUUAUUAAUGUGGGAUAUAUGAUUUCAAUGAAUUUGAAGUGAUAUAGUGUUUGGCAACAUUAUGACUCUCUUGUUUUGUCUUCCUGUCCAGGACGACUUGAUGGAAGACACGCCGCUUUCAAGAUACACUUACACUUACUGA